AUGAAUGAUUAUGAUAACGAAAAUAGUUCAAAUUUUUUGCUUCAGAUGAAUAUUAUGGAACAAGAAGAUGGCGAAGUUAGUGAUUUAUCUGACUAUGAUGUAAGUUCCUUAUCGAUUGCUGAAAUUGCCCCCACUGUAUUGGAUAUUUAUGAUGAAGAGAAAAUGCUAGACCACCAAGUAUGUAAACAAUGUUGUCAAGACGAUAAAGUAUCCUUCAAGACAGAUGUCAACGUCUGCAAAAAAACAGCUUUCGAAAAAUUGAAAAAUAUGAGCUUCAGUUCUAAAUCGAAACUGCCACUUCGGAAGGGACUGCAUCAGCAGUCACCACAUCAUGACAGCGAUGAAGAAAGGCGACAACGGAAAAGACACUGGGAUGAACGAACUAAUCAGCAGGAAUGUCAUCAAACACUAGUCGAAGAACGACCUAGACCAUUAAAAGAAGCAGUUGCAUCUGCUGAUAUGAUUGCAUUAUCAGAACUAAUCACUUCUGAUGAAAGUGCUGUACGCCCUGCUGACCAGCCUCACACAUUACGUCAACGGGUCGAAACUCUAAUCAGUGUUAAAGAAAGUGAGGCUAUCAGUAUGUCGGAUAAAGAGCUCCGAAAUCUAAUUGCUCGCAUGUUUGAACUUGAUAAGGAGCAACAGAGAUUACUGCAAGGUCGACAAACUCAAUUUGAAACUCUGCAAGGAAUAUACAAGGAGGUUAAAAAGGACAUUGAAAAUUUGUUGUCCAUCAUUCCAACACAUUCGAGACUGGAUCUCCCAUCUUUGCCUCAAAUUCUGCAACCGUUGUUUAAUGAAAGCUCGAAAAGUAACGGAGAAGCAAUACCUGGUUUGUUAGAAGAAGAACAUACACAGCAGACUAAUAUCCCUGAUCCAUCUCAAGGAGUUGUUCUUGCAAAUGCAAGGUUGAGUUCUGGAAAUGAUUCUGAAGUGAAUCAACACAGUAAAGAAUUACGUGCUGGAGGACGAAUCAGAUUUGAUGACGUUGGAAAUAUUUCUAGUGAUUUACAAAAAGCAGAAAAUAAUGGAGCAAUCUUUGGUGGUCUGCUGAAUAAACGUGGAAUACACGAAGAUUUAAGUCGAACUGAAAUGAGAAGCAUAAAAAUUGAUGGUGGAUCAAACAUAGUGAACACUACUGGUCGUAUGCAACACGUUGGUACAAUUACAGAACAAACACUAUGUCCUGUCAACGGAAAAAGGAAUCAGUUCCCUAACUUAUGUGCUCCUACUCAUGUGGACCGAUCUUCUUUAGUGAUUCCGUCGACAAGCACUUAUGAUCCUAACUCUGAGCCAUUCGGGAGAUCAGAUUUUGCAGAAAGUAAUCUACAAUUUGCUGGAGGAGAUUCGUCUUAUGAAUUGUUUUCGAAGGGUAAUCUUCCACUUCAGGUGGAUAACUUUAACAGUCGUUCAUCUGUAUUGCUAAAUUUGACUAAUUCAGCCAGUUCAAGUCAAACAUCUUAUCCAACCAGUUGUCAAAUGUACGAUGCAUUUAAGCAGUCAGUCAUGUCAGGUCAAACCGUGACGCAAACAGAUGCAAUAAGUAAGCUAAAAUUCAAAAAGAAUGACAGUGGCAUACAAGUAAUUGGUCAACACUCCUUCGCGGGGUCACAAAGUUCAAAUAAGUUUCAUCUUAAUAAGCCUCCUUCACCACUUCCAACAAGUUCAAAUUUUCCUACGUCUGUUUCUUUAUGUUCUACGAUAGAUUCUGUGGAUGGUGAUAAAUCGCUUUGUAAUACAUAUCACAAAAAUCUUAUUCAUAUGAAUUCGAGUGAAGUCAAAAGCAGCUCUCAAGUACCUCUUCCUAAUCUCUCUGAGCCUCCUCCACUUUAUAAACCUGCUUCGGUCAGCGUUCCGGCUGUAUUGUCAAAUAUGAUGCAUAUGAAUAUUUUGCAAAAUUCAUUACCGGCUCGUUCGGUACCAGCAUCAGUUUCCAUCUCACCUUCAAACCAUGCAUCCGCGUCUCACCAAUUGCUUCCAUCAGCUUCUGUGACUAAUUCUCUUACUGUUUUAUCUGAGACUACUGCAUCAUCAAAUACUCAUUUAAAGUCUAGUAAUGCAGCUGUAAUUGUUGCGUCACUUUUAUUGAAUUCUAGACCAACUACGGUCACUGUUCCACCGCCUAACUUUUCUGUACCUCCACCUAUAGCACCAUCCUUAAAGGCGAGAACUGAACCUAAUCUAGUACAUCAUAUUGAACCAACUAGCUCUGGUGAUUCCAAGCCAGGAAUUUCUACAAUCGCACCAGUACCUAAGAAUUUAACUGAAAUCAAGACUGAAGUACUGCGAAACAAUCCUGGUUUUACUAGCAUACUCUCGAUGUGUGUUCCACCGCCUUCAUUUUCAGUACCACCGCCUCGACCAUUAAACACUGGUCCUAAUUUUUCUAAUCCUCCUCCUAUGCCUUCAGCUGGGAUGGUAUCGAGACCACUGUCGUUAAAUUUAAGACCCAUGACUACACCACCGCCAAAUCUCAUCUCAGGAUCUGUAAACUUGAACUGUCCACCACCAGAUAUGUCUCAGCCACCUCCUAAUAUUCGUAAUGUUCGUAUUGGUAGCAGCACAGAAGGUAUUCAGCGCAUGGUCACACCAAUGAUCGGACUUCCUUCCGUGAGUAAUCAACCACCUACAGAGGUUAUCUCAAAAUCCGUCAUAAAUGUUCAAAGCAGAAUUGGAGAGGUCAGGUUUCAUCAUGAUGUGUCGAUAAAUCAACGGUUGUCAAUGAAUAUGGAGAAUAUAUUGAAUAAAUUGAGACUUCCAGCAGUUGCUGGACUACCUAGGCCACUUUCUUCAGUGGGGAGACUACCUCCACCGCUUAUGUUUUCUCCUGGAAUUCGUACUAAUCCGAUUUCUAGAAUUUCGAGUUUCAGCAAAAGGAAAGGACCACAGGUUCGUUCGUUGACAACUCGGGUAGAACAGUGUCAAAAGCGACAAAUUAGCGAUAUGGUGGCUAUCAUUCCUGAAGAGCAUGAUCAUCCCAGUUCACAUGGGGAUCCGGAUGAUAAUAUUUUUCUCAUUGUAUCUGAUGAAGAGGAUGCAAACAAAUAA